AUGGGGCCCGCAGCCGCACCUACCCGCCAAGAGCCGCAGGAGGAACUGCUCCUCAUGGGGCCCGCAGCCGCACCUACCAGCCAAGAGCCGCAGGAAGAACUGCUCCUCAUGGGGCCCGCAGCCGCACCUACCCGCCAAGAGCCACAGGAGGAACUGCUCCUCAUGGGGCCCACAGCCGCACCUACCCACCAAGAGCCGCAGGAGGAACUGAUCCUCAUGGAGCCCGCAGCCGCACCUACCCGCCGAAAGCCGCAGGCUGAACUGAUCCUCAUGGUGCCCACAGUCACACCUAUCCGCCAAGAGCCGCAGGAGGAACUGCUCCUCAUGGGGCCCGCCGUCGCACCUACCCGUCGAGUGCCGCAGGAGGAACUGCUCCUCAGCUCUCCUUAUUGUUGGUGUAUUUUAUGUACGGCCCGAGACAGGUCCUCUUCUUCCAAUGGGGCCCAGGUAGGAAUGGGUCGGGGGCCCCCGGCUGAAACCCUUUUCUCAUUUUCCUCUGUGAAUGGGAAGAUUUUCGCUUCAUGUGAAAAGGAAACCUGUUCUGUGAUCUCCUCCCGGAAUCCAGCAGAUUUCCUUCAGUCACAGUUCAGGGGCCCCAGACACAGGAGGGGACACAGGGACUCGGUUACUAUGGGGGAGAGUCUCGUUCUGCAGGUUUCCGGUAUUCCCAUCAAUCUUGUCUAUAAAAUGGUGAGAGAUAAGCUGCUCAUACACUUCCUCCGACGCAGCAAUGGAGGUGACGGCGAAGUCGAUGUGCGCUACCCCACAGAGGAAGAGGGCAUGGCCACGCUGACCUUCGGUCACAAAGAAGUGGCAAACCGAGUCCUGAGCCGGAGGCAUCACCUAAAAAUUGAAGGGACCACCUACCUGCUGGAAGUGAUCCGUCUGCAGUGCUGGGGGUCUCAGGUUUCCAAGCCUCUGAUGGCGCUGAGUCUGGAUGAGGACGAAGGUUCAGACAGUAAUGGAAGACCAGGUUAUAGAUCAGAUGGCUCCAGCCAAAGGAGACCCAACACAUCAUCUACAGAUGACUCAACCGCCAUUAAAAAACACCCCAAGAGCAACAUGGCAGCUAACCUACAUUUUCAUCCCGGACCAACCAAGAAGAUACCUACAGAUGAGGACAGAAUACCAGUAAGGAACUCGCCACCAGCCAGUAAUGGAAAACCAGCUGAUAGCUCCGGAUUACCCCGUCACACCACAUUUGCCAGAACACAAUUUAGAGAAGACUUGCCUGAAUCCGGACAACUCAAGGACACGUUUGCAGCCGACUCCGACUCCCGUCAAUGGAAACCCAAAGGAAACAUUGCAGAUGGAUUCACCUCCAACCCAAAACUUCCCAUCGGAGAUGGAUCUGACUUCAACCCUGGGCAACCCAAGAACACCUGUACAGAUGAAUUAAACCCAAACCUAAAAUAUUCCAAGAGCGCCAUUGAUGAUGGCAAAAAAUUCAGCUCUGCACAACCCAAGAACACAUCUACAGAGGAAUUAAGCUUGAACCCAAAACAUUUCAAGAGCACCAUUGGAGACAGCACGAAAUUCAGCUCUGGGCAACCCAAGAACACAUCUACAGAUGAAGUAAACCGAAACCCAAAACAUUCCAAGAGCGCCAUCAGAGAUAGCGCCAAAUUCAACUCUGGACAACCCAAGGGAACAUCUACAGAUGAAUUAAGCUUGAACCCAAAACAUUUCAAGAGCACCAUCGGAGAAAGCACAACAUUCAGCUCUGGGCAAUCCAAGAACACCUCUACAGAUGAAUUAUACACAAACCCAAAUCAUUACAAGAGCACAUUUAUAGAUAGCGCCAAGUUCAACUCUGGGCAACCCAAGAACACAUCUACAGAUGAAUUAAGCUUGACCCCAAAACAUUUCAAGAGCACCAUCGGAGAAAGCACGAAAUUCAGCUCUGGGCAACCCAAGAACACCUCUACAGAAGAAUUAUACACAAACCCAAAUCAUUACAAGAGCACAUUUAUAGAUAGCGCCAAGUUCAACUCUGGGCAACCCAAGAACACAUCUACAGAUGAAUUAAGCUUGAACCCAAAACAUUCCAAGAGUGCCAUUAGAGAUAGCGCCAAAUUCAACUCUGGACAACCCAAGGGAACAUUUACAGAUGAAUUAGGCUUAAACCCAAAACAUUCAAGGGACGCCAUCGGAGAUAGCACCAAAUUCAACUCUGGGCAACCCAAGAACACCUCUACAGAUGAAUUAUACACAAACCCAAAUCAUUACAAGAGCACAUUUAUAGAGAGCGCCAAGUUCAACUCUGGGCAACCCAAGAACACAUCUACAGAUGAAUUAAGCUUGAACCCAAAACAUUUCAAGAGCACCAUCGUAGGUAGCACCAAAUUCAACUCUGGGCAACCCAAGAAUACCUCUACAGAUGAAUUAGGCUCAAACCCAAAAUAUUCAAGGAGCACCAUCGGAGAUAGCGCCAAAUUCAGCUCUGGACAACCCAAGAACACUUCUACAGAUGAAUUAAACUGGAACCCAAAACUUCCCAAGAACCACCUUGGAGAUUGGAAGCCUUCAAAUGCCCAAAACUCCUCUCCAGAUGAAUUUCUUUUAAACCAGAGAACCCGAGAGGAUCUGACCGCAAGCUCACCUAUUCGCUCUUCCCUCAUGGCGGCCAGAUGGUCAUCUUCAAGCUCUUCCACGGCUUGUUCAUCAACGGGAAAUCAUCCGGACCAAAGCCCGCUCUCUACAGAUUUCCUUGUGGAUCCGGCAGCUCACACCUACAUAAGUGUAUUCAUGAAAGACGAGAUCAAUGAUAUUCUGGGCCAGUCUGGUGUGGAAAUGAAAACGGAGACCGGGGACGGGUUUAGCCGGGUCAUCCUGACAACCAAAUCCCCCCAUCUGUCCCAGAACUUCUACAAAGCCGCUCAUGAAAUCUCCGACCUCUUUAUGAAAUGCCAAAGUUUUCUCCGAUUGGAAAGCAUCGACCUGUCCAAUAUUUCCUCCGAUGUGACCAAAAAACUGCAGUUAUAUCUCCUUCGUUGUGGCAUCUGGUCAUCACCAAAUGGGGAGAGGCUACAAAUGAUCGGUCCAUAUGAAGGUAUCGUUGGGUUCAUGAAGAAAUGGACAUCAGCUGGGGGCGACUUUGCCAGAUUGGGGCAACUUUUACAGGAAGAAGCGUCUUCAGCUUCCUCUCGCCCCCCGGUGGUCGGAAUGGACAAUAUACACCAAUCCACAGCCCAGGACCACAACGUGACGCAUGAUGUCCACACCCAGAGGGUGAGACCGAGGGAUCGCGGUGAAGAGCCUGGGGCCAGAGGAGGAAGCAGUGGGCUGGAUACAACCAAGUAGACAUGUGCA